AUGGCUCGUGAUACUCGUCGGUUCCAGAGAGGUCGAGGCCAGGGUCGGCCACCGGCUUUUUCGUUCCUUAAUAGCAGUAUUCAGAUCCCGGGGGAGGGAGGCAACAUGUCUCCCGAAAACGGUCUCGAUCAAUCGUCCAACAGUACUUUGCCGUCUACUUCAAUAGACUCAGGAGCCAACAGGUCCCCGACUAAGAAUCGGGACACCUCAAAUAGUAUACGCAGAGGAGUUCCUAACCAGGAUCGAAGAAGUCUCUCAGCUUACGAGUUGCACCGAGUUCAACAGCCAUUUCGCAAUACUAAUGAAGGAAUUCAUUCUAUAUCACCUUCAAAUAUUCACCGAGAUUCGAACUCAAAGUAUGGUUCCAAGACUCGCCGCUCAUUAAACGAUAGCGGUUUUAAGCCACAGUGGUCAUCGUGGACCGAAAUCAGUCUGCGAAUACGUGGUCUUCCACUAACUACCACCACCUUUGAUUUGUGGUCUCACUUCAAGAGUGAGGGGAAUAUUGUCUUCAUUGAGCUCUUCGAGAAGAAUGAUGGAAGUCGGGAUGGAAAUGCCCGAGUCUGCUUCUCGCCACCUCCUAUUAAACAAUUUUGGGACAACGUCAUGGUCCUUCGAAUUCAAGGCAGGCCAGCCAAAGUUAGUAUUGAACUACAGAAAGAAAGACAGGAACGCCGAAUACCUGGCUCUUAUAAUCGUAGCUAUCCACCAGCAUUGAGUAUUGCAAUGGAUACGCUACAAUUCGGGGUGCUUGUGCGCGAGGACGAGAUGAUGCCGUUGCGGACAAUACAAAACAGCACGAGAGGCCAAUUUUCUCUGGCUUCUAAUCUAAACCAGAAAAAACUGGAAAUUGCAUUUACAUGCAACAUCGUAGAUCCACGUCGCGAAGACCCUACCAUGAAACACCCUUCACCUAUUGGGAAAAUGGAGCACACUCUGCAAUACAAAGCGCAUAUUCCAUUUAUCCAUCUCAAGAAGGUCGUCUAUAUCGAUACCGACGAAAAUACAUGGGCGCUAUUUAUUCACCUACCAUCUCCACCCCUUUUCUAUAUAAAAUCCGAACACGCCAACUCUCACACAAGCGCCAAGAAUGCGUGGAGAGAGCGAGAUACCUGGAGUCGAAUUGUCGACAUCACGUAUGAUGCCUCGUGGUUCAAAGAUGAUCCCGUAUUAUUACCCAAAGCCAAUCGGUUCAUUGAUAUAGGCAGAUGGACUACGUACCGGCUCGUAUUCUCAAAGUCUACUCUUGCCAGCUGGAAGGAGAUGGAGGCAGCUCUGCAGGAAUUCAAUAUUAUCGUAGAACGCAAAGCAUCGGACGAUAUAAAAUUAGUCCCGCCCCAGGUAUCAAGAAUCUGGGAUAUACUUGAACCUCAACAGCCAAGCUUGGACAUAUCCAAAGCCAAUCUUGCUCUUCUCACCGACACCGAAGAUGUCUAUCUGCCCUAUGACGUCCGAUACCAGCUGGAAGCAUGUAUAUCCCAGGGUAUUUUCAACGAGGUUAAUAUUUCUACCGAGUUUCUACGGAAGUUAGCAGACCUCUCAAGAGGUCGUACUCGACGCCGCGAUAGGGCGAGAGACCUCCUGACGUAUGUGCUGCAAUCUCGUAUUGGAAGUCGAAUCGAGGACACGGAGAAGAUUGAUAAAAGAAGAAUAUAUGAUCCGAUAUCGCUCUUUGAAGACAAAAAGGCGAUGAGCCACUAUCCGGAGAUUUCGCUCCCGGGCCACUGCGUGUGGGUUAGAAAAGUAGUGGUUACACCCACGACGAUGUAUCUCAGCAGUCCUGUGCCAGAAGCAUCAAAUCGCGUUCUGCGCCAGUACAUCAACCACGAAGACAGGUUCAUACGCGUUCAGUUUACAGACGAGGUCACUAAGGGCCGGAUAUACCCAGAUCCUGACACUACGCGGGACAAUGCUCUAUUCAAUCGAGUACACCGAACAUUGCAGAAUGGUAUACGGAUUGGUGGCCGGCAUUUUCAAUACCUUGCCACUGGGAACUCCCAGUUUCGAGAACAUGGCGCCUACUUUUUCUGUCCGACAGAUUUCCUCACUUGCGAUAAUAUCCGGAACUGGAUGGGCAACGUUAACCACAUCCGUGUUGUGGCCAAGUAUGCCUCUCGACUUGGACAGUGCUUCUCAACAACACGGAUUCCCAAAGCAUCGCCAAUCGGGCAAGCAAUUGUACAUAUUAAUGACAUCGAGCAUGACGGCUGGUGCUUCACAGAUGGAGUUGGAAAGAUAGCUUUCAGCCGUGCGAAGUUCCUCAUGCAGAACCUUGACAUGAACAGGACCGCAAAGACUCUCCCGUCUGUUUUCCAGUUUAGACUUGGGGGUAGCAAGGGGAUCCUAGUGCAGUGGUCCGAUGUGCCUUUUAACGAGGUUCAUCUACGACCGUCCCAAAACAAGUUCACCGCAAUUUCGAAGGGUCUCGAAAUUAUCAAGACAUCGAGAUAUUCUGUCGCAACUUUAAACCGACAGACAAUUAGUAUUCUAAGUUGCCUUGGCGUACCGGAUGAGGCAUUUGAGGAGAUGAUGAAGAAGCAGAUUGCUGACUACGAGCGAGCUAUGACUGAUGCUGAAUUUGCUAUGCAACUACUUAGCAAAUAUGUUGACCAAAACGGCAUCACUACAAUAAUGGCACAGAUGAUUGCAGACGGGUUCAUGGAAACGAAAGAGCCUUUUUUCAUGAUCCUACUACAUAUUUGGCGUGCUUGGUCAAUGAGACUGCUUCGCGAAAAAGCUCGUAUUAUGGUUGAUCAGGGAGCAUUCGUCUUCGGCUGCGCAGACGAGACUCGCACAUUGCGGGGGCAUUCAGAUUGGGUUGACAGUAGUCAAAGCAAGGACACCAAAUCGUUACCACAGAUCUUCCUACAAGUACCGAAGGCGGAUAUCAGACCAGGAGACCAAGGUGAAUACACCGUAAUAACCGGAAUAUGCGUGCUUGGACGAAACCCAUCUUUACAUCCUGGCGAUAUUCGAGUAGUAGAGGCCGUAGACGUUCCAGCACUAAGGCACCUUCGCGACGUUGUUGUGUUCCCUACAGUUGGUGACCGCGAUAUCCCCUCGAUGUGCUCAGGAGGAGACCUCGACGGUGAUGACUUUUUUGUCAUUUGGGAUCCUCGGCUCAUUCCUACGGAGUGGAAUCAUCCCCCCAUGGAGCAGGAUAGCCUCAAGCCAAGAGAGCUCGAUCGCGACGUAAGAGUCACAGAUCUUAUUUCGUUCUUCGUGAGCUACAUGAAGAAUGACUCGCUCAGCACCAUCGCCCAUGCUCAUAUGGCCAAGUGCGACGAAUUGAUGGAUGGUCCCAAGGAUCCGCAGUGCACCGAGCUGGCGCGUCUUCAUUCCAAUGCCGUUGACUACCCGAAGACUGGACAAGCGGCUUAUUUGAGGCCGUCAUUGCGACCAAAGAAAUACCCGCACUUUAUGGAGAAGGCACCAAAUAAAAGCUAUCGCUCGAUAAGGAUUCUCGGUCGGCUCUAUGACCAAGUAGCACAGGUCGAAUUCAAACCGGAGUUGGACGGCACGUUUGACGAGAGAAUUCUUCGCAGAUAUUCACUAAAAGACGAACUAUUGAAAGAAGUCGGAAUGAUAAAGAGACAACACGAUAAGGCCAUGCGACAGAUCAUGAACCAGCAUGAUAUUGAAACCGAAUUCGAAGCCUGGUCAACUUUUAUGAUGUCGAAACCCCGGCUCGGUGGCGAAUAUAAACGACAAGAGAAUAUGGAGCCGGUGAUGACGAACCAUAGGGAACGUUUUAGGGACGCCUGCAUAAAACUAGCCGGCUCCAGGGAUACCAAGGUAUUAUAUCCUGUAGUAGCAGCUACCUAUCGAGUCACCUGGGAAGAGGUGCAGAAGGCCCAAGGGCCAGUGCUGGUAGCAGUAGAAGAAGGGAAACGAUCUAUUGACAAGAUGCCGUUGAUCAGUUUCCCGUGGAUUUUUGAGUACGAGCUGGGUCGAAUUGCCACGGCUAAGGACGACUUCGAAUUGGAGGAGCUGCCCAAAGCAACAACGGCAGUAUUAGAUGAUGACUACGCAUACGAUGACGAAGGUUUCCAGCGUCUCGUGAGCAGAAAUAUUGAGGUCUCGGACGAAUAUGGCGAUAUUGACAACCUACAAAUUGGCGAAGGCCUACAGGUGAAGCAAACUACGGAAGUGGUCGAGAAGCAAUCAGAUACAUGCGAAGAGACAUGCGAGGAGCUUAUUGAGCUGGAGGAGGACGAAGAUACCGGUAUGGACGCUCUAGCUAGAUUAGGCACAUAAUUUCUAUGAAAUGGAAGAGUGAGGAGUGAGGAGUGAGGAGUGUUAGGACGGCUAGAAAAUAAGGAGAGAAAAAGUGACAUAAUGUUGUUGAAGUGUAAGAGGUUGGAAGGGUGCGAUGUGUUCACGAUCAGGAGUGCAAAAAAAAAAAUGAUGAUGGCUUUUCGAGAUAAUUAAUGCCUAAGGGAGCUAAAGCAACUGAGCACCAUAUUUGGCUGGCUCUUGACUUAAUAUAGCAUUGAAUUGGCGAUUUUACAUGAGUUGCGUCGUAAGG